UGUGCUCCUUACGCUAGAAAUCACCCCGUCACAUGUGGUGGUGUCCCAUUUAAUGGAUUCUGACAUGGAUUAUGAAAGGCCAAACGUAGAGACCAUCAAGUGCGUUGUGGUGGGGGACAACGCCGUGGGCAAGACCAGGCUCAUCUGUGCCCGUGCCUGCAAUGCCACCCUCACCCAGUACCAGCUGCUGGCUACCCAUGUGCCCACGGUGUGGGCCAUCGACCAGUACCGCGUGUGCCAGGAGGUGCUGGAACGCUCCCGAGACGUGGUAGAUGAUGUCAGCGUCUCCCUGCGCCUCUGGGACACCUUUGGAGACCACCAUAAAGAUCGUCGCUUUGCUUAUGGGAGAUCCGAUGUGGUGGUUCUGUGCUUCUCCAUUGCCAACCCCAAUUCCCUCCACCAUGUCAAGACCAUGUGGUACCCAGAAAUCAAGCACUUCUGCCCCCGAGCACCUGUCAUCCUGGUGGGCUGCCAGCUGGACCUGCGCUAUGCUGACCUGGAGGCCGUCAAUAGGGCCAGGCGACCCUUGGCUAGGCCCAUCAAGCCCAACGAGAUCCUUCCCCCAGAGAAGGGUCGAGAGGUGGCUAAGGAGCUGGGCAUCCCCUACUAUGAGACGAGCGUGGUGGCCCAGUUUGGCAUCAAGGACGUCUUUGACAACGCCAUCCGGGCCGCACUCAUCUCCCGCCGCCACCUGCAGUUCUGGAAGUCCCACCUCCGCAACGUGCAGCGGCCUCUGCUGCAGGCGCCCUUUCUGCCCCCUAAGCCACCGCCCCCCAUCAUCGUGGUGCCCGACCCCCCCUCCAGCAGCGAGGAGUGCCCCGCCCACCUCCUGGAGGACCCGCUCUGCGCGGACGUCAUCUUGGUGCUGCAGGAGCGGGUGCGCAUCUUUGCCCACAAGAUCUACCUCUCCACCUCCUCCUCCAAGUUCUACGACCUGUUCCUCAUGGACCUGAGUGAGGGGGAGCUGGGGGGCCCCUCGGGGCCAGGGGGCACCCGCCCAGAGGACCACCAGGGCCACCCCGAUCAACACAGCCACCAUCACCACCACCACCACGGGCGGGACUUCCUGCUUCGGGCAGCCAGCUUUGACGUGUGCGAGAGCGUGGACGAGGUGGGGGGCUCUGGUCCCGCUGGCCUCCGUGCCUCAACCAGCGACGGGAUCUUACGGGGCAACGGAACAGGGUACCUGCCAGGCAGGGGUCGUGUGCUGUCUUCCUGGAGCCGAGCUUUUGUGAGCAUUCAGGAAGAGAUGGCAGAAGACCCCCUGACCUACAAAUCCCGGCUGAUGGUGGUGGUAAAGAUGGACAACUCCAUCCAGCCAGGGCCCUUCCGGGCUGUUCUCAAGUACCUGUACACGGGGGAGCUGGACGAGAAUGAGCGGGACCUCAUGCACAUCGCCCACAUCGCCGAGCUGCUGGAGGUCUUCGAUCUGCGCAUGAUGGUGGCCAACAUUCUCAACAACGAGGCCUUCAUGAACCAGGAGAUCACCAAGGCCUUCCACGUCCGCCGGACCAACCGGGUUAAGGAGUGCUUGGCCAAAGGCACGUUCUCAGAUGUGACCUUCAUCCUGGAUGAUGGCGCCAUCAGCGCCCACAAGCCCCUGCUGAUUUCCAGCUGUGACUGGAUGGCUGCCAUGUUUGGGGGGCCGUUUGUGGAGAGUUCCACCCGGGAGGUGGUGUUUCCUUACACAAGCAAGAGCUGCAUGAGGGCGGUGCUGGAAUACCUCUACACUGGCAUGUUCACCUCCAGUCCUGACCUGGACGACAUGAAGCUCAUCAUCCUGGCAAACCGCCUCUGCCUGCCGCACCUGGUCGCCCUCACAGAGCAGUACACAGUGACCGGGCUGAUGGAAGCAACCCAGAUGAUGGUGGACAUCGAUGGGGACGUCCUUGUGUUCCUGGAACUGGCUCAGUUCCACUGUGCAUACCAGCUGGCUGACUGGUGUCUCCAUCACAUCUGCACCAACUACAACAACGUGUGCCGCAAGUUCCCCCGAGACAUGAAGGCCAUGUCCCCAGAGAACCAGGAGUAUUUCGAGAAGCACCGGUGGCCGCCCGUCUGGUACCUGAAGGAGGAGGAUCACUACCAGCGGGCGCGGAAGGAGCGAGAGAAGGAGGACUACCUGCACCUGAAACGGCAGCCCAAGCGGCGGUGGCUGUUCUGGAACAGUCCCUCCUCCCCCUCCUCCUCAGCGGCCUCCUCGGCGUCUCCAUCCUCCUCCUCGGCCGUGGUCUGAGAUGCUGCUACCCUCCUCUGACCCUGCUGCUGUUGUCCCCACCGCCCAGCCCCUCCGUCCUUCUGCAUCCCCCCUCCACCUUACGGGGACAAGGGGAUCGGCGGGACCAGGACACUAAGGGCGGCGCUGUCCUCACCAGCCAGAGAAUAGCCUGGCCCUGGGGAUCAGAACAGGAACCACCUGCGGAGGUCCCCAGGUCGGAAGCAGGACGGAGACGACUGCUGGGGGUGGGGCAGGGGAGGAGCUGCAAGCUCUGGCGUGUUAUCUGGGUCCCAGCACCUUGGAGUCAAAGGGAAAAGCCUCCCAACGUUGAGGGCUUUGCUGGAUGUCUGGGUCUCUGCUCUGGCCAGGGAGGCAGCUGCCCUCCUCUUGAGCAGAACUGAGCCGCGAGGGUCCUGCCUCUCUUGGCCAUGUCUUUGCCACCAAUGGACUUGAGAGGUUGCACGUGUUUUGUGGCCAUUUCCACAUGGAGCCUACUCAAAUCCUCACUGGAGAAGUCAGGGUAGAAACGAAGCCUUCGGAGCCUGACUCAGGGCUGUACAUCCUGGGGUGCAGCUGCAAGAGGCCACCAGUGGAAAGGCCUGUGUCCUGCCAGCGUCCCUCCCUCCCAUGGCUGCAGCAGUGCAGGCUGACGACAGGGCCAGAGGUUGGCGCCCCGGGCCCGGAGCAGUGCCUCUUGGUGCAUUGAGAAACUUCUCCCCCGCCCCUCCUUCAUCCCUCAGGUUUGGAGAUGGGAACCACUGGCAACAGCUGGGGUAGGCGGAGAAGGGCAGGGUCUGUGCGCAGCCAUCCCGUGCCCCUCCGUCCCCUCCCCCUGCCUCUGGGUAGCACUGCUUUCCACGGGGUGGGGCAAAAUUAGCAAAAAACAAAACCCAAACCGAAAAGGAAACAAAACAAAAUCACCACCAACAAGAACACUCUGUCCUCUAUCCCUUCAAAGAAUGAGAACUGAAAAAGACCCUGUAUAGCUUACAUUUUUAUAAAACCAAACAGAGGCCCCUGUGAUGAUGAGAUGAAGGUUUAGGGUGUACAAUCAACUCCAAUGCCUUUCAGGAAAGGAUUUGUCACCUUCUCAGACUGAGGAUGCCCAGAUGCUGCUGGCUGGCUCUCAGGACAGCACAAGGUCCUCGCCCUCGAUGUCGGGGCUGGUGGCGGGGAGGGGUUUGGUCUCAGGGCCCAGACAGCACUGGGCUCUUGCCUUUGCUCAUCUGGAGAUGCAAGCACUCCGCCCUCACCUUUUAAGCACCCUCCCCGCCCCCGCCUCCUGCAGGGUUUGCUGUGUUUUGGGUGAGCAGGGAAGGAGAGCAGGAGUCCCCUGUAAUGAAGGGUCACAGGACAUAGAGCCUUAGUGCUGGUUUGGGACAUAGGGAAGGCAAAAAAGAGAAUUGAACAGCAGAUGUACAGUUAGUGUAGAGAGGAGGACAGCAGUGAGGAUUGUUGGGGUUAAAACAGUAGCUCGCAGCCCCCAUGGGGCAAAAGCUGGGCCAUGACUGACCCUUUCCCGUUUUCUAAUCCUGACCCGUAUUUCAUCACCCCACACCCUUUUUAGAUUUAAAAGAUCGGGUCCCGCUGAUGAGGGGCAGAGCCAGGAGGCCCUGGGCUUAGGGGCUCAGAGCUCAGGAGUCCACUCACCCAGGAAAGAUGCUCAGCUGAGAGGGACUGACGAGGUCCCAGGGACCGGCUUGGACUCCCCAGCAAAAUGCUGGUUAGGUCUGGGAUAGAGCAAAGGCAACCUCUGCAGCGGGUGGGUGGUGCCAACACCUGGAGAUCUGAGGCUAAAUCCUCACCAAGAGGAAGAACAGGCAGUGGAAAGACAUGCGGGUCUAACCAUGGGGUGAAUCCAUGUUGUCUAAGCCAGGGAGGCUCCCAGGCUGUGGCUGCGGGGGUCCUCCAGGGUGGCUGGCUGGGAAGCCAGUCGUGGGCUGCCCUCUACAGGCUGGUCGGCCUCCUUGCAGCUGAGCUCUGUCCAGGGCUUCAAGCCAGGUUUGGAGCCCAGGGGCAGGGGCAGGAGGGAAGCUUUAGGGGGAGAGCCCAGUGCAGCACCCUGCGCCUUUCCUCUGAGGGAGGGGGACAGUGUGGGCAUGCCUGGGCCUCCAGGAACUGUAGGGACUGUUGGGUCCCUGAGUGCAAGGGAAAGGGGAAUGUUUCUCCCAGGCGUUUGCAAGACUGAGCAACCUGGGUCCACGGAUGAGGAUGUCGGCCGAGGGUUGGGGGAGCCCACAGGAGAGUGGCCACAGGACGUCCCCUGCAACCAGGGCCAGCUCGCCCCUCAGGGACCCACCUCCCUUCCCAACAGCUCUCUCAGAGCCAGGUACUCAGCAGCCCCAGGUGCAGCCCAGAGAACCACCCCGGGGGGGGGGGCUGUCCCUGCACCCAGAGGGGAGGGCAGGCGGGAGACAGAGGGGAAGGAAGGGCUGAGUUCCAGUCCCCAUGAACCUGGCACUUUAAAGUCCAGGGAGUCAGAAGCAGGAAACACCCCUGUGAAGGGCAAAGCCUGAAGGCACAGAGGGGAGGAAAGUAGCAAGACACAGCAAGAAUGCACCCUGGACCCGUGUCCCCAGGAGCCGGUUCAGAGAAUGGGAGGAUGGGGGCAAAAAACCCAAACGAACAACAAAAACCACACCUCUUUUUAUAUAAGGUUUCAUAUUUAAUUUGGUCAUGAAUUCAUAAAUACAUUAAUAUUUUGUAUCUAA